ACGGGAACGGGAAUGACUUUGAUGCUUUGGAAUGCUGCUCACCCACACAUGCACAGACGCCCACAUAUGUCCCACACAUGUCUCAAACAUUCGAUUACACAUAAAGAUACCCAUUGUUCGUGAUACUUCAGAUCGGUCACAUCCACCCAUUCCAUUUAAAGACGAGCUUGCAUGAAUAAGGCUAAGUGAUUCACUGAAUGCUGUUUAAAUUGGCAAGAGCGAAGAACCUCUUCAACCUAAUUCCCUUUAGGGUGGAAAAGCGGCUAAACCUUCUUACAGCACAUUGUGUCAGCUUAUUAGUAAAACCCGUACAAUGACAUAAUUCAUCAUCUACAAUUUCUAAAUCAGUUUCAGGUUUGUGGCCUCCACCUUGCUGUGUCACUGUUUCAAAAAGGAGAUGAGGGAAGGUGUUAGACUCAAUAUUAAUGCGAGUAUUAACAUUACAGUACUGUUGUGUUCUAAAGUUGUAGGUACAUUGUUAUUAUGACUACUAACAACUUUUAAUGCAUUAAUAUAUCUUUAGGCUGAAAAUUAGUUUUUAUUAUUCAUUUUAUACAAUUAUUAAUGGGUCUUGAAUGAGAUGUUUAAAACCAACAUAUAUCUCCAUCGUCAACUUCCUCGUUCUGGUCUCCACUACAUAUUAAUAUACACAUCAUAUGUGCUAUUUCUGCAUUAUGACUUCUCAGUUACUAAUUUGAAAUAUAGUUCUAUAUAGUCCUGUAUUUUAGAGUUUGCUCUAUGGUGGAGUUUACCGGCUUAAACUGCCAAGUAUAUUUAUAUAAUAUGAAUACUUUUAUAUCUUGAAAUGUUGAUCUAUUUCAUCAUAGUUUCUCAUCUUUAACAUCUCUGGUGCUCUACUGAAGUGGCGUCACAAACUUCCUGCGAUUUGAAUUCCUCGUAAGUUUGUUGUUUUUCGUCGACUUCUCUUGUAUCCAAGCAAUGUGUUUUCCUUGACUGGUUGCCCAGUUACUUCUUUAUGACGUCAAGACAUAGUCACGCCCCUCCUAAAAGAAUCAUACGCUUCUCCACGUUAACAUCUUUUAAGGUGGCGCAGAUAUUAGACUUUUGGUAUACGUGUUUCCCCAACCAAACAAACCUCGUUUGCGCUUUUAGAUUGCAUCAGAGUGAUUGUGAAGUGAGAAAUUCAUAGAAUAUUUUGAAAAGCCCAUACAGAAUCAAAUAAAGCAUGUGAUUUUGGGCCUCCACCUUAAAACACAUGCUGACGUCGCAAGCCGCAAAGUCUCCACCCCUUCUGUGAGCAGCUUUGUUAAAGAGGUGUUAUACUUGAACUCCAGCUCUCGAAUGCUGUCACACGGAGUAGUUUCGGAAAGCAGGAGCACUGGAAUAGACUUGGGAUUUAACCCGGCGUCUGCUCUGGGACGGCUGAUUCAUUAAACCAAGCGUACCGGCUGUUGCAGACACAUCCUAGUGGAGUGUUUUUUUGUUUUGUUUUUUGGUGGACAAAUCUAAACUACAUUCAAUUUUUCUCUAUACAUGCCAAAACUAGGCAACCUUGUGGAGGAUUCUGAGACAUUGUCGCGAAACUUUGAAGUUUUCGCCACAAUAAUUGGCUAUCGAAUGGACCAGCAUCCGAGCGCCCGGAGCUGCAGCAGUCGCGGAGCUGCGCCGUCCUGCGAGAGCGUCUCCGGCGAGCCCCCCAUGAAUUUGUACAUCCACUCCACCACCGGCACACGCAUCGAGAUCUCCCUUCCCGCAGAAGAGACCGUGGAAGGGCUAAAGCGAAGACUCUCUCAAAGACUGAAAGUACCCAAAGAAAGACUCGCGCUGCUACACAAAGAAACACGAUUGAGUUCAGGAAAACUUCAAGAUUUGGGAAUAACGGAUGGGAGCAAGUUAACGCUGGUUCCAACAGUUGAAGCAGGCCUAAUGUCUCAAGCAUCAAGACCUGAGCAGUCAGUAAUGCAGGCGCUGGAGAGCUUGACGGAAACGCAGGUCAGCGACUUCCUGUCGGGACGGUCUCCUUUAACACUGGCUCUUCGAGUAGGCGAUCAUAUGAUGUUUGUCCAACUGCAGUUGGCAGCUCAGCACUCUGGCGGCCCACAGUUACAGCAUCGACAUCUCAUAUCACGUGGGAGUUCAGAGGGCACGACAGGACAGCAUGCAGCCUCAGGCUCUGCCUCUGGGAUGGCAAGGGUUUCACACAGCCCUCAACAACAUCACUCACACCCACAUCCUACUCAUCCAAACACAACGCUUCCAUCCAACCCAGCGGUGUUCCCACCUUCCCCCUCUAUCCCAUCUAUUCCUCCCAUGUACCCCACCUCAGCCCCAGGGCACUGUAGCCCUCCACCACACCCCUCUCAACUCCCAGGAAGUUUUCUUCACUCCCAUCAGCCAUCUUCAGCCUGUCCCACCUCUCCAAGCAGCCCUAGCCCUGCAGCUUCAUGUCCAGAGGCCAGCUGCCCAGCAAAGACAUCUGGCAAUUGUAACACUCCCUCAAGAUCCCGCAAACCAGGGGCUAUCAUCGAAAGUUUUGUGAACCAUGCUCCUGGAGUUUUUUCUGGGACAUUUUCAGGCACUUUGCAUCCCAACUGUCAGGACAGCACCGGACGUCCUAGGCGAGACAUAGGCACCAUCCUUCAAAUCUUGAAUGACCUUUUAAGUGCCACUCGGCAUUACCAGGGCAUGCCACCGUCGCUCACACAGCUCCGCUACCAGACCCAUUGCAACAGCCCCAGCUCGCCCACACCGUCGCCACCGCCUUCACCUCCCCACACCCCCAGACUAAGCACCCUGCCUACCACAGUGCCCUCUGAGACCCAGCCCACCCUCCACCCACUGGUGCAGUGCCAGAGCCAGAUACGCAUGUGCAAGCCUCCUGGUGACCGAUUGCGUCAGACAGAGAACCGAGCAACGCGCUGCAAAGUGGAGCGACUGCAGUUGCUCAUGCAGCAGAAGCGCCUGCGCAGGAAGGCCCGGCGAGACUCCCGCGCCCCGUACCAUUGGCUCCCCAACCGGAAGGCUGGGCGCAGCAACAGUAACAGCAGUAUGUCUAGCGAAGGCUCCCUGGAUCUGGACUUUGAAGACUCUGUGUGGAAGCCAGACGUCAAAGCUGAUAUGAAAUCAGAAUUCAUCAUGGCCUGAAGCAACAACGGUUGUGCCAUCUUCAUCGAGGAAGACUGGGGUUUACAUUUUUACUGAGGAAACUUUCUGAAGACUGUGUCCAAAGCUGCACAUUCAGAAUCUCGUAGGCAUCUCUCCUCAUCAAUUCUGUGACCACGAAGACUUUACACAAAGGAAGAGUCACAGACUUUUACUUACCUUUCAUCCUUGAUAGACUUUGAUCUUGGAAUAGACUAAAUUUUCAAAUGACGAUGUUUGGAUAUGGAUUGGACUGACAAAUAGACAGAAUUUGGACUCCGAACGUCCAAUAAGUAAACACAAAUGAGCAUAGCAGACGUCAUUGGUGUUGGGAUUUGUUCUUCUCUUUACUUUUUUUUUAUUUCAAGGGGGAAGAGCCAUACAGGCCAAAUACAGGCACGAUGAACUAACAAAAAUCAGAAACUGAAGCUACUUCCUCCUUUUUUUUUCAUUACAAAUGGGCAUUCACAGUUCAAGAAUCAUUUGAAGGGGGUUAUCUUUGUUUUUAAGUCCUGUUUUUCUUGAAUCAUGAUGAUUUAUGAUACAAAAUAUGUAGCAUUACCCACAAAGCAUUCAGGUUUUCUAUCUUGUAGAUGAGGAGGGUUCAUUUGCACACACACCCGUGAUUUGAAAUAGACAAAUAAUAUCAUGACAUAACCAAGAGAUGGCACAGUGCAUGUUUAGUAUAAAUAUAUUUACACAAAAAAAUGCUUUCUCAACAACAGCUCACGCGACUAAAGUCAGAGGUUCAAGUAGGAAACUAAAACAUGAAACGAAACGAAAAUAAGCAAGAUGCAAGGCUUGUGAAGUAGGUUGUUUUUAGAAUAUAUAAAAAAUGGCUUUUCUUUUUUACCUCCGUGUAAACAUACAAACCAACCAAAUGUAAAACAGCAAUUGCUAAGGAAGGCUGUGAGAUGAAUCUGAUGUUAUAUAAUCAUUUAAAUACACACUGUAUCUCUCCUGUUACUGUUUAAAUGUGUAUAAUAGAGAGAGUGGUGGGGUGCCAGAGGAAUAGUUUACAAUUGUGCAUUAUAAUGGCAAAUGUGCACUCUGCCAAAGUGGAAUCUCUCAUUUAUGCAUUUGACUAAAACAAACCGCCAUUCAAGGGUGUUAUCCCAGCAACCACUUACAUUUGUGAUACAAUUUUAAUAAGACUACCAAUAUUUAGUCGUCCAUUUGGCCAGACUUCUUUGCAGAUUCCCAUGUAAACAUCCAGACCGGAGUGUAUCCUCCACUCUCGAUAGUGCCUCAUACCCUCAUACGUAGAUGCACUGACAUAUUCUAUCAGGCGUUCCACAGACAGACGGUUCUGCUGCUAUAUGGGACUUCUCUUUGCAUGCAAAAGUGUGAUCUAUCCUGAUCCUUUUUAUAGAAGAAAAUAAUAACAACAAUACUGAGAUACUGGUGCUGAAAAGAAAAGAUAUACAAGCAUGAAUUUUUGAAAAUGGAAAGAAAAAAAAUGCUCCAGCUACUUGGGAUUUUCGAAUUAGGUACGUGAUGUUACAUAUCAGUCGCAAACCAAAACAGGACUGGAAUUCUACUGUACAUGGAUCAUUCCUGGACUAAAUAAGGAACAAUGGAACAUAUUCUACUCCCAACAUCCAAGGGAUCCUCAGAGCAAACCCCAAACACUCCCAUCAGACUAACAGGGAUGUUAGCAACCAACGUUUGCCCCUAAUGACUUCUUGGAAAUAAACGUGAAAAUGUCCUGAACCACACUGAUGUUGCACUCACUGAGUUUGCAAUGAGAUUACCUACCUGAAGGGGAACAUUGUCUAUUCCUUUUUUUUUCUGUUCAAGUGGCCUUAACAUUCAUCAUCCAAACACUUGCAGAGUGGUGGACAACAUAGGGAUGUUUUUUUUUUUUCUUUUUUGUCCAGUGUUUUUGUUAAAGCAUCAAUUUUUCGGGGGCAGUUUUUGUGUUUAGGAGGUGGAGGCUCUAUUAUGUCAAGGCUUCAGUGCCUUAAAGUUUUGCCCCUUCGGUGUGUACGAAGAAAAAAAAUCUGAACAAAUUAAUUCGCAUUUAUGCAGGUUUUUAUCAAUUUAUAGGAGCUGUGGUAGAAUAUUGUGUGUUUUAUGGUUUCAUUGUUACAAGUCACGACCUGGAGUUCAAACAGGUUCCAUCAGUGUGUUCCAUUGUUUGUUUGAUUACGUUCCUUGAACCCUACUGUCCUACAAAGAAGCAACAAAUUUACAAAUUUAAUUGAAAAAAAAAGUUUCAACUGCAGUGCUAUAGCAACAAAGUGCCCUAACUCUCAAUUGAGAUGUCCUUUAAGGACACAAUGACAACAUGCACUUCCCUUCUUCUCAAAUAAACGACUUCAAUGGAUGAUUUCUCCCUCUCCCCUGAGAAAAUCAUGGUUUAAUUUUUAUAUAUGUAUGAAAUAUACUCUGUGUGUGCCUCACCUAUAUGUAAAGUGGUAAAAAAAAAAAAAAAAAGUAAAAAAUUAAAAAAAGCAUAGGAGAUGAUCUGAGUUUUAGGAUUGGGUAAUUGAAUAAGGGUGGAGGGAGGGAACGGGGGGAAUUUUCAAUAGUUUGUUGGAGUUCUGAUCACAUCAUUUAAGUUGCCUGUUCUUUCUUGUAGCCAAUGAAAACUGAUUACAAGAGUCGAGAAAAAAAAAACAAUUUACUAUGUUCUAGCUAUAGACCGGUGUAGCACAUAUGUGACUGUAUUAAUUUAUGAAACCAAAAUGGUAACUGUGAAUUAUGUAUUUCUUUGUGCUUUUUUUAAAGUGGGCAGAAGGCAGAAAAGGGCGUUGCUGUGCCCUGUUUUGUUUUUGUGGAACAUAAUGAAAAUAAUCAAGUAAAAAAAAAAAAGGAAAAUAUCUAAAUAUAUUUUUUUUCUUAAGCAAUACAUUUCAGUGUGACUUGUGAUAGGACAUUUUCUUUUUUUUAGGUAAUAAAUUGAAAGAAAAAAGUU